GUGCAGCUGAGUUUGUAUAUAAAAUACUUUAUUUCACGCCAAAUCACCAAAUAUGUUGCCAAAAUUAAAGAUAUCAGCUUUUCUGCUAAAGCGUCUAGAGCGCGUCAAGCUGCAGUGCAGCGGGUGCCUAUAUGGCGUAUUCUAUGGCGACGGGACUCUACUUCUGUUAAGCUUUAAUGUCGAGUCGAGUGUGGGACAACUGAACUAUGAGCAUAUGCAGCACAAAUUCCCCGCCGAACUAGAUCUUUGUGGAUUGGUGAAGUUUGGAGAGUGUUCGGAUGCGAAGGCACAUAUGAGUGAGAUUAUUUCGUCGGUGGAUAUUACAGAUAAUCCAAUAUUGCUGCAAUGCCAACUUGGCACGGUGGUAGGACUACGUGCAGCGUUCUUUGUCCAUGGCAAACUGGAGGAUGUGCCGUACGAGGUAAUGGAGGCGGCUCAACUCUACAACGAUUUUUGCUUUACUAAAUUAAAGUGCGGCUUCUAUCUACAUACAUCGCCUACACCAGAGGCAAUAGCGAAGGAGCUGCAGUCAUUGCGCAAGCGCGUUGCCGACGGUAGUCUCGUCUUCAAUGUACCCAACACAAAGAUCUUCGUCAGCAGUAGCUGUGGCACUCAGCACAAAAAUUUUAGCAACGAGUCGGUAAUUGAGCAACUCAUUGCUGAAAUUCCCAUUUCAACUGAAACCCACACACCAAGUGGCACAAACGGCAACAAGAAAAAGCCAGCUGUCAUUGCAGCUCCUGAUUUGGCGAAGCAUUAUGGCGCGAUGGGCUGCGCCUACGAUGUUAUUAAUAUAGAUGUGCUGCGUUCUCGCACUCGGGAAACACCAGCAAGGGACGCCAGACCGCACUCGGCAUUAAGCAUUUGUGUAACGAACGAGGAGCCCUGCAAAGUUGAGGUACCGCUAGAACUUGAGGCAAUGGCCAUACUGUGCAAGAAGACGAGGCUCCUGCGUCUGUACGAUGUGCUUAUCGAGAGUAUUUGCCGUGCAUUACGCCUUUUCGAACAGUGUUUGGUAGAGAGACUCACCGACUCCGAUCAGCAGUCGGCCAAAAAGUUUUUGGCACCACGUAGCUAUCACUUUUAUCCUCAGGAGUUUGGACACUUUCUCAGCUGCGCGUAUUUGGAAACGGUUAACGACGAUGAGCCCUGUGUGCAGGAAAAGCGCAAGCGGCUCCAUCGACAGUUUGCUCUGCCAGCGACACGCCCCUAUUUUAGGCGUGCUAAUCAGUGUCGUUUUCAGGGCGACGUACACGCUGAGGACACGGCAAGCUGGACGCCGCUGUUGAAUACACACUUGGGUGUGCGACCCAGCGGGGUGGUGGAUGGCAAGGAGUAUCUGGUGAAUGGAAAUUAUCAUUAUUAUCACUAUUUACAGCAACAAGUGCAGGAUAAGGGCUGGGGAUGUGCCUAUCGCUCGCUACAGACGAUCUGCUCGUGGUUCCUGCUCCAGGGCUAUACUGAGCGUGCGAUUCCUAUGCAUAUAGAGGUUCAGGAGUAUUUGCAUAAAAUCAAUGACAAGCCCGCAUCGUUUGUGGGCUCCUCACAGUGGAUUGGCUCAACGGAGCUGAGCAUGUGCCUGCAAGGUUUUCUUAAUGUGGACUCCAAGAUACUGCAUGUGGCCUCUGGUGCAGAGCUAACGACGAUUACCUCGGAACUGGCAAUGCACUUUCAGACUCAGGGCACCCCGGUUAUGAUUGGAGGCGGCGUGCUUGCCCACACCAUCAUUGGCAUCGAUUACUGCGUACAAACUGGACAAGCGAAGUUUUUGAUACUCGAUCCACACUACACAGGCGCUGAUGAUUUGGGCACUAUCCAGUCUAAGGGGUGGUGCGGGUGGAAAAGUAUGGAUUUUUGGGAUAAGCGCAGCUACUAUAAUCUCUGCAUGCCGCAGCGACCAAUUUUAUACUAAACGUUCCCUUUACUUGCUUUUCAUAAUUGAUAAUGUAUGUCAAAACUACAUGAGAUCUAUGAAUUUAGAACUGUACUGUACUUUUAUAUAUUAAAUA